UUCAAAUAGGACAUCUUCAUUAACAUUUUGAGAACAUUUACAUUAGAUACUGUGUGUUUCCACCAUGCAGAAACCAAAAUAGUAUGUCCAUUCAUAGAGGAUCAUGUAGACGAGGAGGUUGGAUUAAUCCGAAUGUCAUUUACGUCGGGAGAGGAUUUUGAGACCACGAGUCGAUUGCCUGGCGUUUCCCAAUUGAUUUUUAUUUGAGCAAUACAGUUUUUCCUCGAAAUUGUUAUUAAUAAAACAAAGUUUUCUUUUCCUCUUUUUAAACCAAAUGUUAAGAACGAAAAUCUUGAGACCUUAAUCUGGAGAUGUCUGUUAGGCCAUCUACCGUGCAGCAGAUAAGCAACCAAGUAAUAGUAUGAUAAAGUGCGGCAGACUCCCAAAGCCGGAAGAGAAGUUUUAGACCCGGUAUCAAGAAAAUUUAUAAUGAAAAAAAAAUGUCAAAAAAAUUCUUCAAUUCCUGAGAAUUAAAAUUAGGUCAAUUCUUAAUUUAACAUAUUCCAGGCAGCUAGAUUUUUUUUUUGUUUUUUGUUUUUUGCGUCCAGCAAUAUCCACGUUGCACCUGAUUUGUUGCUCUUCCUUGCCAAAAUACAACAACCAGCAAAUGCCACGGCUCGUUUGGAUAAUGAAAAGCUUCUUUUGCGUUUUAGCGUCAGUGCUUUUGGCACCCAAAUGGCCUCCAUGGACAGGGUCGGUCAGCAAGCAGUCUUCACUCAUUUCAUCAUACCAUUCUUGUCAAGGAAAGACUCAUCUGGUAAGAGACGAUAUCCAGGCACACUAUGCCAAUGCUUGGCCAUCAGCUGGUGUGGACAAAAAGCCAAUAGCUUUGCCUACCUCGUGUCUUGCAGAUCCCGGCUGCAUCUCGUCUGUGGGCAGUGGUGACAACUGGCUCCAGGUCAAUGUGGGCAGUUUCUCUGAAUUUGCCUCGCUACAACAAUUGCUGUCGAUCAAUCCAAAUUUCUCCAGCCUCCAAUACCUGUCAGAGCUUGCUCCUUCUCAGGUGGCAACAUUAGUCCUAAGGUCUGGCAGCUCAAAUGACACAGGCAUUAUUGAUCGAGUCUUUGAGCGGCUUGACACUGGCAACUCUCUGCAAAAUGUGGAGCAGUUCCUGACACAUCUAACGGCUAAUGGACAGAUCCCAGUAUUCCAACCUGCUGUGAGAGAUCGCAUCAUGAACAGGGCCUUCCGCAUCAUCGAACAGCAACUGUGGCACUUUAGCACGCAGGACUUCUAUGUUUGGUUCAACGUCAGACUGAGGUUUCUCCUCACAAGCUUCACCCCAGAAAUGCUCAGGAGGACCUUUUCAAGCAUCAACUGCACCAGCUACCGUGUGGUGGUGAGCGGCCUAGCCAGUGUUUACACUGACCUGACCAGUGAUAGACAGACGGAAAUCACACAGGUUCUGCUGAACUACCUCACGUCAUCCGCCGAGGUCAUCAAUACACCAGCUUGCAGGGUGGGAAUCCAGACGGAUGGCGAAUGGAUUCAAACCAACUUGGGUCCAUUUAGUCAAUACGCAACAUACACUGACCUCAAAGUCUUCAACCUCUCCAGGGAGGCAGUUGCUGGUGUUCUCUCAGCACCAGAGAAGGCUGGGCUGAUCCUGGAUUUAGCCAGCGCUCCUUCAGUCAAUGUGACCCUUAUAAAAGAGCUGCUCACAGACCUGAGCCAGUCCGGAGAUGAGACCCAGCUCAGUCAGUUUUUGCUGGCUUUGAAACAAGGCAACAACCAGAUGAACAUCACCUUCAUUAAAAACUCGGCUGUACGGGACACCAUCUUAAACGUGACUUUGACAGCUCUUGCACCUAAAUUUGUGAACUUUGAGCCUGGAAGCUUUGAGCGUUGGUUCCAAAUCUAUUUGGUUCCUGUAAUAGCAAGCCUCAAUCCAGUCGCCUUGUGGGUGAUCCCCAGUAACCUCAGCUGUGCAUCCUAUGAAGCUAUACUCACUGGACUUCAGCAAAGUUUGAGAUACCUGCCACUUGAUCUUUCACUGGGCGUGAGAUCAAGCAUAGAGUCCCUCCAAAUGACUUUCACAGGUACGUAUCAGAAAGAACUUGCAAGACAAAAUUUUUUUUUUUUUUUUUUUUUUCGAAAGUCCUGCUAUCGCUACUGUCAUAGCAACACCUUCAUUCCCAUGACAAUAUGUAUUUUUAUUUACCCUCUCUUGACAGCUUGCUCACUGCCAGACUCCUUCAAGUGCAAGGAGAGCCCUGUUGACGAGAACCUCAUCUGUGCUGGGGCUUACGGACUCCCACUUGACCAGACAGUGGACGCUGACAACUCAUCUGCAGCCUUGUGCAAUUUCACCAUCACUGAACAUGCCUGUUCAUCGGUAAGACUAUUCUACACAGGCAGCCUACUUCAAAAGGCACCAGAACAGUUUCUGUCUUGUUGUCCUAAGGUCAUGUCUAAAAAUCUAAAGAAAAAGAAUAAAAGACUUGCAUGUAUUCCUCAUUUCCCUCUCCUCAAGUCUGAACCUCUCACACCGAGAAACGUAGCCAAACUUCUUGAGUGCUCUCUGGAAAGGCAAAAGACACACCCUGUAGAAGUCUGGAAGCUUUUCUUCCAACGAACAUCUGAUCUGGGCCAAGCUCUGGACAGACUGGCCAGCAUGUACCCCACCGACAAAAGCAGCAGCCCAACCCUGGCAAAUGCUCUGGAAGCUUUGGGAGAAGUGAAACUCAACAAGUUCAGUCAGGCAGAACUACUCAGUCAGGAUUUCAUCGCCGACUGGUUCCAGAACAAGCUGCGCCUCUUCUUUGCCUCUCCCACAACAAACUUCCUAAUCUGCCUGAGCUCCAACAACUUCAGCUGCGUAACGUACCGGACUGUCGUCAGUGCUUUUGGCACCCAAAUGGCCUCCAUGGACAGGGUCGGUCAGCAAGCAGUCUUCACUCAUUUCAUCAUACCAUUCUUGUCAAGGAAAGACUCAUCUGAUCCCGGCUGCAUCUCGUCUGUGGGCAGUGGUGACAACUGGCUCCAGGUCAAUGUGGGCAGUUUCUCUGAAUUUGCCUCGCUACAACAAUUGCUGUCGAUCAAUCCAAAUUUCUCCAGCCUCCAAUACCUGUCAGAGCUUGCUCCUUCUCAGGUGGCAACAUUAGUCCUAAGGUCUGGCAGCUCAAAUGACACAGGCAUUAUUGAUCGAGUCUUUGAGCGGCUUGACACUGGCAACUCUCUGCAAAAUGUGGAGCAGUUCCUGACACAUCUAACGGCUAAUGGACAGAUCCCAGUAUUCCAACCUGCUGUGAGAGAUCGCAUCAUGAACAGGGCCUUCCGCAUCAUCGAACAGCAACUGUGGCACUUUAGCACGCAGGACUUCUAUGUUUGGUUCAACGUCAGACUGAGGUUUCUCCUCACAAGCUUCACCCCAGAAAUGCUCAGGAGGACCUUUUCAAGCAUCAACUGCACCAGCUACCGUGUGGUGGUGAGCGGCCUAGCCAGUGUUUACACUGACCUGACCAGUGAUAGACAGACGGAAAUCACACAGGUUCUGCUGAACUACCUCACGUCAUCCGCCGAGGUCAUCAAUACACCAGCUUGCAGGGUGGGAAUCCAGACGGAUGGCGAAUGGAUUCAAACCAACUUGGGUCCAUUUAGUCAAUACGCAACAUACACUGACCUCAAAGUCUUCAACCUCUCCAGGGAGGCAGUUGCUGGUGUUCUCUCAGCACCAGAGAAGGCUGGGCUGAUCCUGGAUUUAGCCAGCGCUCCUUCAGUCAAUGUGACCCUUAUAAAAGAGCUGCUCACAGACCUGAGCCAGUCCGGAGAUGAGACCCAGCUCAGUCAGUUUUUGCUGGCUUUGAAACAAGGCAACAACCAGAUGAACAUCACCUUCAUUAAAAACUCGGCUGUACGGGACACCAUCUUAAACGUGACUUUGACAGCUCUUGCACCUAAAUUUGUGAACUUUGAGCCUGGAAGCUUUGAGCGUUGGUUCCAAAUCUAUUUGGUUCCUGUAAUAGCAAGCCUCAAUCCAGUCGCCUUGUGGGUGAUCCCCAGUAACCUCAGCUGUGCAUCCUAUGAAGCUAUACUCACUGGACUUCAGCAAAGUUUGAGAUACCUGCCACUUGAUCUUUCACUGGGCGUGAGAUCAAGCAUAGAGUCCCUCCAAAUGACUUUCACAGGUACGUAUCAGAAAGAACUUGCAAGACAAAAUUUUUUUUUUUUUUUUUUUUUUCGAAAGUCCUGCUAUCGCUACUGUCAUAGCAACACCUUCAUUCCCAUGACAAUAUGUAUUUUUAUUUACCCUCUCUUGACAGCUUGCUCACUGCCAGACUCCUUCAAGUGCAAGGAGAGCCCUGUUGACGAGAACCUCAUCUGUGCUGGGGCUUACGGACUCCCACUUGACCAGACAGUGGACGCUGACAACUCAUCUGCAGCCUUGUGCAAUUUCACCAUCACUGAACAUGCCUGUUCAUCGGUAAGACUAUUCUACACAGGCAGCCUACUUCAAAAGGCACCAGAACAGUUUCUGUCUUGUUGUCCUAAGGUCAUGUCUAAAAAUCUAAAGAAAAAGAAUAAAAGACUUGCAUGUAUUCCUCAUUUCCCUCUCCUCAAGUCUGAACCUCUCACACCGAGAAACGUAGCCAAACUUCUGGAGUGCUCUCUGGAAAGGCAACAGACACACCCUGUAGAAGUCUGGAAGCUUUUCUUCCAACGAACAUCUGAUCUGGGCCAAGCUCUGGACAGACUGGCCAGCAUGUACCCCACCGACAAAAGCAGCAGCCCAACCCUGGCAAAUGCUCUGGAAGCUUUGGGAGAAGUGAAACUCAACAAGUUCAGUCAGGCAGAACUACUCAGUCAGGAUAUCAUCGCCGACUGGUUCCAGAACAAGCUGCGCCUCUUCUUGGCCUCUCCCACAACAAACUUCCUAAUCUGCCUGAGCUCCAACAACUUCAGCUGCGUAACGUACCGGACUGUCGUCAGUGCUUUUGGCACCCAAAUGGCCUCCAUGGACAGGGUCGGUCAGCAAGCAGUCUUCACUCAUUUCAUCAUACCAUUCUUGUCAAGGAAAGACUCAUCUGAUCCCGGCUGCAUCUCGUCUGUGGGCAGUGGUGACAACUGGCUCCAGGUCAAUGUGGGCAGUUUCUCUGAAUUUGCCUCGCUACAACAAUUGCUGUCGAUCAAUCCAAAUUUCUCCAGCCUCCAAUACCUGUCAGAGCUUGCUCCUUCUCAGGUGGCAACAUUAGUCCUAAGGUCUGGCAGCUCAAAUGACACAGGCAUUAUUGAUCGAGUCUUUGAGCGGCUUGACACUGGCAACUCUCUGCAAAAUGUGGAGCAGUUCCUGACACAUCUAACGGCUAAUGGACAGAUCCCAGUAUUCCAACCUGCUGUGAGAGAUCGCAUCAUGAACAGGACCUUCCGCAUCAUCGAACAGCAACUGUGGCACUUUAGCACGCAGGACUUCUAUGUUUGGUUCAACGUCAGACUGAGGUUUAUCCUCACAAGCUUCACCCCACAAAUGCUCAGGAAGACCUUUUCAAGCAUCAACUGCACCAGCUACCGUGUGGUGGUGAGCGGCCUAGCCAGUGUUUACACUGACCUGACCAGUGAUAGACAGACGGAAAUCACACAGGUUCUGCUGGACUACCUCAAAUCAUCCGCCGAGGUCAUCAAUACACCAGUUUGUAGGCACAGAAUUCAAGAUGAUUCUCAAUGGAUUGAAACAAACAUGGGGCCAUUUGCUUACCUGACAACAUACCCAGAUUUGAAAUUCUUUAAUAUUUCUGAGGUGGUCAUAUUAGACUUCAUUUCCCCUUCUCAGACAGCUGUUUUACUUCUUGAACCAAAUAAUCUGUCUAAUGAAACACUUGUAAUACUUGCAAUUACAAGACUCACCAAGUCAUCCUCUGUAAACGACCUUGAGUAUUUCUUUGCUAAAUUUGUUAAUGGCUCAACAGAGACUCUGAAGUCACUCAGCCCCAGCUUGCUUGGCUCCAUUCUAAAUGUAACAUUGACGUCUUUAGUACCAGAAAUCUCUGUUCUAGGCACUGAGGGCUUCAAGUUGUGGUUCCAGGUUUAUCUAAUGCCUUUUUUACCAGCUGCUAACAAUAGGACCUUCGAAAUGAUCCCAAGAAACAUCACUUGUAACUCCUAUCAAGAAAUUGUUAAAGGAUUUGACAACAUAUUCCAUCAGCUUACCGAGACUCAGUACUGGAGUGUUUUCAAGUUUAUUUUAGAAUAUCUCAGAGGACAGACAUUGUCAGGGCUAUCAUGCGUUACAUCUGGAAUGGAUGACAGACAAUGGCUAAAGGAUAACUUUGGACAAUUCAGAUUCCAAGCCUCAUACCAAGAUUUUAUGUCCCUUAAAAACAAUUUUAAUGGAGUUGAGGUAUCAGAUCUUCUCACGGUCAGUCAGCUGGGACAGCUUGCAGCAACACCCUCACAGCUAACAAGCAAGCAAGUUGUUGCAAAAAUCAUGACAGCCAUCAGCCCCACUGAAUUUGACACUUUCUUUGACAUCGUUUCACCAGCUGUUGAGGCACAGUCAGCCAGCUACUCUCCGGAUGUGAAAUCUGCCUUCAUCCAAGCAGUUUUUGUUAGGGGAAAUCUUUCCUCCCCAGCUGUUAGUGAUGAAGAGUUUCUGCAUUGGCUCACAGUGAGACUGAGGCCUCUGUUUGUCGACCUGUCUACAAGCCUGGUGAUUCCCUUAUUUCAAAUUGGGACAAACAGGAGCUGCAAUGGCAGUCAAGAAAUGAUUAAACUCCUGGACACACUAAAGAUGACAUUCACAAGCAACACUGAAAAAGAGAUUUACAGAAACAUUCUCCUUUUCCUUCAAGUUCCAGUGCCCCUGAAAUGUUACAACAAUGGAAGUUUCUACAACUAUCUAAAAAGAAGUUUUCUGAGCUUUGGAUUUCCAAAUGUGUCUACGUUUGUAUCUCUCUUACCAACAACACGCAAGUCAGAGCUCUUAAAUACAAUCAGUCCAGCAGAACUGAGAAACUUCCUCAGUCAACCCAAUGUGAUUGAUGACCAGUUAAGUUUAUGUGACGUCUUUAGCAACUACAACAAGACUCCUGCUUUCCUGGAAACUGAGGAUGUUCCAGAUGAUGUGAAGAUAAAGAUCCUCCCCUGUUUUUGGCAUACAGCCUUGGAAAUCAACGAAAAAACUGAUCUUGAUUUGUGGUUGGAAGUGCACCUAAAGAACUAUCUGAAAUUCCUCACCAAGAAUCUCAUUACUUACACUGAAGUGAAGAACGCCUCAUGCUUCGGGUUCCAAAAAUUGGUGAAUUACUUGGGAAACAACUUCAUAUAUAGCAGCUCUGAUUUUGGACGAGUGGAUGUUUACACAACCAUCAGAAGUUAUCUAAAAGCCGGCUCUGGUACCAGAUGUUACAAUGCCAGUGACCCAAACUUAAAUUCUACAGCCUGGUUUGCCAAUUACAUUGGCAGUUUUGUCACACUCAUAACUCUGGAAGACUUCAAAUCAUUCGUCUCCACCUCUCAGAUGAAAGCAUUUUUGGGCGACAGCACCAAUUUGAAGCUUUUUAGCGGCACACCAGUUUCAGAAACUGUUACUAACUACUACAUCACAAAGCUUUUCGAGUUGGACCCAACCUUCAGUCUUUUAAAACUUCCAGACUUUUUCUUUUGCUCCUCUGAAAUCCCACUCUCGGCAUACACUUCAUUGAGUCAAGCUGAUGCUUUGGUCAUCUUGGAAAGAUAUCAAAAAGUCUGUAAUGAGACAGGUGACACUCAGGUUACAGUUGCCCUGGCGUCAAACAUCCAAACGGUGACUCAGCAGACACUGGUGAAACUCGGCAACGGCUCUUCGGCCCUGUCCAUCAGUCAGAUCACAUCAAUGUCAUCUUCAGUGAUGGUUUCCUCUUUGUCCACCUUGGGUAGAGUAACUACCUGGAGCCAAAUCCAGGUCACCACCAUGGUUCAGAUCCUCACCAACUCAGGUUUCAAGUUGAACAGUUCAGACUCCCUGCAGUCUCUUGGCACGCUUGUUGCUGGAAUUUCUUCAAGUGAUAUUCAGACAAUUUCAGCCACGGUGCUUUUGCAAGCAACUACCAGCACCACUUUUGUCUCCAACAUCUUGAUGGCUUCAACGGUUAACCAGCAGACAUUUGUCCAACAGAUCAUUUCUCUGAACUCAAUUCCAGCCAUGAUUGUGGUGAAUGUUCCUGAUGCCUUAGCAACAGCGAUCCCACCAGCCAUGCUGGUGUUUGGUCAGGGUACUGUAGACAUAAAUGUGCUCAACAACAAGAAAUGGACACCGGAUCAGUCUUCCAUGUUCUUUGAACUACUUGCUGAAACAGCGUUUGACAUUGAGCAGCUAUCUCCAUAUGUGCUGCAAGGCUUCACAUGCAAAGGAAUUCAAAACAUGAAAAAAUCCACAAUAUUACAGCUGAUUCAUGCCUGCAGGCCAAGAAAUGACAGACCUAAAGUGAUGCUGAAAGAAUCUCAGCUGACUUGCAUGUACAACCAACUGCGUGGAGGCAUUUCCCAGAAUUUCUCAGAAUACCCCUCAGACAUGCUUCUCUACUUUGAAAGUCAAGAUAUCCAGAAAAACAACUGCAGGUCAUAUUUUUCCAAACUGGGUGAUGCAGACUUCUCUGUGGUCUCCAGUGUUUUGAACAAAGCUCCCAAACUGUUCCUUGAAGCCACAACCUGCUUGGGUAUAAACAGUAAGAGCCUCAGCAAAGAUAAUGUGGAGGUUCUUGGGAACAUGGUCUGCACUCUGGAUGGAUCCUACAUAGAGAACUCUGAUCCUUCUAUUCUGGAAAAACUCAAAUCAUGCAAGGACUUCUCUAACAGCCAAGUGGCUGCUAUGGAGACUCUGCUGCUUUCAGGGAACACACAAUAUGGGAACACGUCCACCUGGAACAUUCAAACAUUAAAGGACCUUGGGAUCCUGCCACUGUAUUUAACGAGAAACUUUUGGAGCCAGUUCACAAGUGCAACUAAGAGGCAGUUCCUAAAGAGCUUUUUGUCCACUCUGAGAAAAGAAAAGACGGAGAGGACUAAACUGAAGAGCCUGUUCAGACAGAUUAGCUCACUUCUGGUGAAACGAGCCGCAAGCUGCACAGUGGGCAACAUCACUCAGGUGAUAAUAAGUGACGAGUCCUUCCCAUUCGGCUACGACUCCAAGCAGUUUGAGUUCUGCUUGGAUGUCUCCAUUUUAAAGGAUAACCUCGACUCUAUCUGCCAAAAAGUUGAUGAUGAGAACUUCCAAGCAGUCAUUCUGAAGAAACUCAACCACCCAUCAGGAAUUCCUGAUCAAGAUGUCCAGAUUCUUGGUCCAGUGUCUCGCGCUGCAUCACUUGAUGACAUCUCUAAGUGGAACAUCAGCACCAUUGACACCUUGGGAGCUCUGAUGAAGCCUGAAGAUGGAGUUUGGACCACAGCACAGAGCAAAGCAAUCAUCACCAAAUACCUGAGCAUACCUGGAAACUCCCUGGGAACCACUGAACUGAACACCAUUGACUCCUACAUGUGCUCACUAGAUGUAAACACUCUAAAGACCAUCACUACAGAAAGCAUCAGAGACGCCCAACUUCUCAAUGUCUCAUCUUGUUCAGCUGAGCAGAAGACCGUCUUGUAUGAGAUCACCAACAGUUCCUUUAGCACAUAUCGCAACAGCUUCAGCAGCUACUACACUUUGAUUAAACCCUAUCUGGGUGGAGCUCCCCUGACUGACAUCAAGGGACUGUCGACACAAAACAUCAGCAUGGACAUUGACACAUUCAGGAGUCUGCAGCUCGAUGUCGUAAAAGCUUUGACUGUAGACGAUGUGCAAGCUCUCAUCGGCAACAACCUUCCUGACCUGAAGCUGUUUGAAAAUGACACCAUCGUUCAGACCUGGAUCAACCUGCAACUGCAGUCAGACCUGAACAAACUAGGACUGGGCCUCGUCAGCAACAGGGUUGAUGUUAUUACUCCAUCUCCCACCUUGAACGGAAAUGGUACAUUCACCAUUGAAACCACAACUCCAAGUGCUACACUCAACUCCACAACACAAGCAGCAAGCAUAUUUAAUGGAGUCGAGCUCAAGAAACCGUCACCUUUUCUGUUCUUGGCUGCUCUGCUGACAGCUUUACUACAAAUGUUACGACAACCAGUUUAAUUUCAUCCAUGUCUCAAUUUAAACAUUUAACUUUUCAUUCAGCAACUUUUUUUUAAACAGUAUUCUACAUAAUACUUAAUUACUUAUAUUUCUUUACUCCUAUCUAACAUUCCUUUUUGUUGUAAAAUCAUGCAGACUGAACUGUAAUGUUCAAUAACCCGACAAUUUCAGAAUCUCUUUAUGGUUAAAGGGUAUGCUAUGAAAAAAUAAACAAUAAGCAUUAAAAGUUACUCAACCUGCUAAAGUGUACUGUAGUUUCUACAAAUCCUUUUACCUCAGAAUUGUUGCAAAAUAUUUAAUGUAUAUAAGCUGACAAUGACAAGGUUAUACGCUAAUGGAAGAACUAAAGAUUUAGAUACCAAACUUUAAAAGAUGUUUUUAUUUGUAAAAGUUAACAAACAAAGAUAGAAUGAAGUUGAGCUUUGGAAAAAGAGUUGUAGGUAUGUUGGUUACUUUCACAAUACUUUCACAGUUUAAAUAUGGUCAAUUUAAGCUUAUGAGAACUGUAAAAAGACAAUGAUCAAGCAUGAUAGAACCAGUGAUAUCUGAGCAGGGAUAUUAGUAUCAGUCUCCAGUCGGUCUAAGCAAAACAUUUUGAUCACAUUAGUAAAGAUAUAUUAAAAAAAAA